CGCGGGGGGAACUCGGGGUCCCGAUCCGCGGUGGGAUCAUCCGGACCCACCGGGGCUCUUCCCGCCCCCAUCACAGAUCCCAGUGUCCUCAGAACUUUCCUGCAAGUAGCCUUUCGAUUGAUUGUUCCAGAUUCCGUAAGGCUUGUGUGUUCCAACACUGGGGAUGAGAUGAACUGUUUUCCUAAGGACUAUCAGUUUGUAGAGGUGAAGAAAUGGGUCUAAGAAAGGAAGGAACUGUCUUGCUCAGGGUCAUAGAUUGAAAUCUUUGCUCUUUAAACCAGGGUCAAACGUCACAGACUAUGCUCUUCUUCCAUUUGAUUAAGUGUUUUCAAGGUAGAAUUGAAUUCUCAGGAACCGUUGCUGUUAUCACUUCUGAUGGGAGAAUGAUUGUGGGAACACUGAAAGGUUUUGACCAGACCAUUAAUUUGAUUUUGGAUGAAAGCCAUGAGAGGGUGUUCAGCUCUUCACAAGGAGUAGAACAAGUCGUAUUAGGAUUAUACAUCGUGAGAGGUGACAAUGUGGCAGUCAUUGGAGAAAUUGAUGAAGAGACGGACUCUGCACUCGACUUGGGGAACAUCCGAGCAGAGCCUCUGAACUCUGUAGCACACUGAAGACUCAGCAUGUGCUUAGAUGGCUGUAAAUCCUGUACAGAAACUGCUUGUUCCGAAGAUGGUGUUUAGAUUUUUUUAUGAGUGUGUAAUUGUGGAUUUUGACUUUGUGUUCGUAUAUUGUAUUAUGUAAAUUUAAAUAUUUCUACAUUUUUAUUGGGAAAUGUUGCCUAAAUUAAUAAAUGUGGUUGCCUCAUUUAUUUUUCUACUAAAUGAUAUAAAAAUCUAAGGAUCAUUUUGAAAACUUAGGAAAUACCAUUACUUUUGGUAAUUUACUAUUUAUGGAAAAUUGGCUGUAAAGAGAACUUACACUAUUAUUGUAACAUACGUGCAAAUAAUAGUAAUAAAUGAGAUGUGUUUCUUUC